AUUGCCUCUACAGUGUUAUAUCGAAUGGUGUUUUUAUAAAAAAAUAUUUAUUGUUUUUGGUUUAAUUUUAAGAGUUUUAGUGUUGUUCCCAGGCCAAAAAAGUGCUUUGAAAAUAAUUCUAGGCAACUGCAUUUUUUAAAGUGUGGUUUUUCAUCCAAAAAAGUGAUUUUAAAGUGUGUGGUCCGCGGUGAUGUUCGAGAAAAAUUUUUAACUUGGGCAUCUGUUUGGGAUCCAUAACCACACGUGUGUACCUCGUCCCGCACACCUGCAGCCAGCCAGGUACAUCAUACAUCAUGAUGUACACUUCAAUCGCAUACUAAAAAGGAAUCCUCUCAUCAUAAACAACAAUCAAUAACAACAAAUAAUCCUUUAGCACACAUUCAACUUUUAAUCAUCACAAACAAGCAUCAACCACCGCUCACCACCAAUCAAAUACAUUCCAAUGGGUAACCAUACCAGUAGAAUGAACUUGUGUCAUUGCAAGUCAAUAAUAUAAAUAAAAAAAACUUCAACAUCAGCAUUCAUCAAACAAGUAUCAAUAAACUUCAUAAAACGAAACAUUCAACGCAUCAAAAACUGAAAGAAAAAAAACAAACAAACUGAAUUGCUCAAUUUAAGUAAAAUCCUUAAUGAUGAAGACCAGUUUCUCGUUAUCUUCCUUACGAGGCUCAAAUCAAGUACAAACCGCACCAACUCGAGCUUAUCACAGUCUCACCAAGAAACGUAAGCAAUAUGAUCAAGAAGCAUGGAUGCGUUGUUGGAGUGGAUCCAUGCCACGAGAUGAGAAUAAAGAUGAUUUUUGGGCAGCUUUACAACCAAAUUACAACUAUAUUAUGGAUAAUCAACUAAUUGAAAGUUGCACGGAAGUGAAUGGCGAAUUAUUAAAUCUCGAUGGUGAAAUGUGCAGUUUCCGUGAUUUAGCUUCUCAAUUCUCCGAACUCUAUUCCUGGUUGAAUAGUAUUCAGGAGUCUGUUUAUUUAAAAGACGAUGGAAAUCCAAAAAUUACGUCUUUGCGUCAACUUGAAGAAAUGGAACGUCGAAACUAUCGACGUAUCGCAUUUAUCGAACAAGCAACGCGUUUGGUUCAGGUUUAUCCUGAAAUUAAAGAUGAAGUUAACUGGAGAAUUACACAUUUGAAUAGUAAAUGGGAUGCCGUCAAACAAGCAAUUUCUUUAGCAGAUCCACAAGAAAAUCAAACUGAUAUCGAACAUGAAGUACGCUGCCUUCGUAAAUGGAUGCAUGAAAUGGAAUCACGUCUUCAACCAUUAUGUUUUCGUCGAGAUUGGACUCUUCAAGAAAUCGAAGGGAAGGCAUUAGAGCAUACUGUGUUGCAGAAAGACAUUGAGAGUCACCGUAAAAUAGUGAGCUCAAUAUUAAAAUUAUGCAAUAAAAGUGUGUCAUCUGAUGCACGUUCAUCUUCUGAAAAUAAGAAAAAAUCGACACGAAAUCGUUCAAAUUUACGACGAGCAGUUGUGGGAUUGGAACGGAGAUGGCAUCUACUAUAUCUUAGAUCAUUGGAAUGGCAAUGUCAUAUCGAAAGUUUACAUAAGCGAUUCUUAAAUCAGAGUCCUGGAGACGUCAGUAUAUUUUGCGAUAGUGAAUCUGAUGAAGAACCCGCAUACAAACAACCACGUUUAAGUUCACAAAAGAGCAGCUCAUCACCACACAGUUCAAGAUCUCAAAGUUUAGCGACAACAUCGCAGUGUUAUUCAAGUGCCAGUUCUGAUAACGAAAUUUGUACAUCGUCUGAAUCCGAUGGUGAAUUCUAUUUUGAGGAUGGAAUCGAAGCAACAUGUGUUCUAGUCAAUAAAAUGACUGAUUUAAAUAAAGACUCACAAAAUAAUUACAAGCACGAAAUGGAUACAAUCACACAAUCACAAAUUAAAGAAAAUCACAAAACUGAGCAUAAAAAAUCCGAGGAUCGUAAGAAAAAACGUAUUUCCAAACAUUUUCCACCAGAAGUUUGUGCACCGACAACCAAGAUCGAUUAUAACGGACCGAAUAACGUAACAUACUAUUGCCAACAUCGUGAUAUUGAAUCAGGUGAUUCGCACACAAUGGAUCAAUCUUCGGAAGACGAAUGGACAUACACAACCGAAUAUCUACAACCACAACAGAAUAUCGAAGUAAAAACACAAACCGAAGAUUGUGUUGAUUCACCGGAACGUAAACCUUUACAGCCAAUGAAAUUACAGUUUGCAACAUCAUCUCCACGACCCCAACAAAACAUAUCAAAAUUAACAAAAGAUGAAUUGGAUCGUUUAGUACAAAAUGCUGAAAAAUUGGUCAGUACACCGGCAAAAGUUCGUAAAUCGAUUAUUGAACCGGUUAAAUAUAUUCGUGUUAAGGAAUGGUUGAAUCGAUCUACUUCGGAUAUUAUGGAAAUGAAAAACAAAUCAGACGAUCCUUGUGAUGCAAGUGGAGAAUAUACAACGGAAUCUGAAGGUGAAAAAGAAUCACAGUCGUCGGAGGAUUUAAACGAAAGUGUUGCAACUUUCCGACAAGUAGGUGGUUGUACAUCGCAAGCGACAUCCACUGAAAUAAUUGCUGAUAGUGAUUUAACACCAACUUCAGAAACAAUUCCACUACAUUCACAACUUAAUUCCGAAUCAUACAGUACAAAUAAGGUAAAUUUACGAACUAAACGAACAAUAAAAUCGAAUCGACCAUGGAGUGUAGCGUGCAUAUCAUCACUUCAAGGAAACCGAAAAAUACACAAUGAAACAACAUUUACCCAACAAACGUUAAACAAUUUCUCAAUAUCGGAAUCCGCAUUACAUGAGCUAGCCUCGUUGAGUGUACGCGGUUCCACAUCCGUUAACAGUAUCGGUACAAUUCAUUCACCAGAAACACCGACAAAAGUAAGCCGUAAGAAACUCCGUGUACGUAAACAUACAACAAGUGGACGUAAAAGUGAAUCUGGCUCGGAUGUACCGCUCACCAAGUCGUUACACAAAUCCGGCUCGUUUUCGGGCGCUGCCGCAGCCAAACAUCAUGCCAUACAUGAGAGAAAUAUUUCGAGUGAACCGAUUAAUUUACCACAAUCGCAGACAAGUAGUUUUGAUUCGGACGAUGAUGUAAAUAAUAAAACGAUUUCGGAACAAUUUGUGGCUGCGAAAGAAACUAUGCCUGAUUUUCAAUUGGGUGAACAAGUUUUGAAUCCAAUACAACCGAAUAAUGUUGGAGUACAACGUGAUAGUAGUCCAGAAAAGAAUAGUUUGAAUACGGUGGGAACUGAGGAACAUUUAUCGUCGUAUUCUGAAUGGGAUAACUAUUUGGAAAAAUACAUGUCCGAACCGUACAGUGAAACACCUGAUUCAGAGGCAGCUCGACGUUUACUUGAAUUCGGUGAAGAUUAUCGUAAUUACAUCGACAGUCAAUCUGAUUGUUGUUCAAGUUUAUCCGCUCGAACACAAUCACAAUCACCUGCCUUUGUGGGUCGUAACAAGUACAAUCGUUUAGAAUCCUCUCAUCAUCACCAUCAUGUUUCCUCAAUACCACCAGCUUUGGAUUCCGAAUCCGAUGUCGAAGAAUAUCGUCAUGUGAUUCGCGAAUCACGUGCCCAAUUGUAUUAUACUGAAGAUGUGUUUGCAAAAGAAAUGGCUGGUUUAGAAACGAAAUCAGAUUCGUUACAAGGAGAUUUUGCUGAAAUUAUGGCAACUUGUCGUGAAAAUUUACAUUACUUACAAGUUCUUUUAAAAGUACAAGGAAAUUUGUUAUCAACUUCAGAACUUCGUGAUGUCAAAGCAUUACUUGGCUCAUGGAGUUCCAUGCAAAUUCAAGCAUCAGAUUUACAACGAGCCCGUUCGUUGGAUCGACAAAUUGCUGAAAUGCGAGCAGAAUUAAUUACAAUUGCUGGUCGCACAUCUACAAAGACUGUUCAGUCCCGACAAGAAUUGUCGAAAUCAAUUGAUCAAUUAAAGGGUGAAAUACAAUUGUUACAAGAUCGUAAACGUAUUUUAUUACAUAUGAAUGUGGCCGUACAUCGAUUUUUAACCGAUUGUUCACGAUCAUCUGGCUCAAAUUCACCAUCGCCAACGGCAAAUAAUGAUACGAAUGGCACCACACAGAAUAAAGCGAUUGUGGCUGCUUCUACACAUUUAAAGGAUCGUAUUGCCGAUCUUUAUCGAUUAUGGACUGAAACACAUGAUAGUGUAUCGGAACAAUUGAAUAAUUUAGAAGGACUUCACAAUUUAUGGUCACAAUUGGAGCUACGUUUAGAGGAGUUACAAGGAGCACUCAGAUCUGAUGAGCAUACUUUACGUAUGUUGGAUACAGCCCUUCAAGGUGGUACUGUUUCCGCUGAUGUUGCGACAUCUAUACGUGAUGUGGCUAAAGUACUUUCUGAAAAGAACAAUACACAGAAAAGUAUGAAUACAACAUCAACUGGUACAUCUGGUGAUGGUAUGAUGAACACCAAGUCAUCAUCCACUGCCACUGGAGUGAGUGUUGUUGAUGAAUCGAAAAUGGAAAUAAAUGAAAACGAGAAACAUUUAAAUGUUGUGGAUGUAUCAGGAUCGUUGUCUGAUAGUGGAAUAUCUGAUGAAGGCUCUGAACAAGAGUUAAGUGAACGGGAACGUCGUUUGGCUGUACUUAGACGUCUUGUACGUCAAUUGGAGAACGCGUUGGCACCGGGAAGUGAAGCUUUAACAUUAAUGUCACAGCGCAUUGAACAGACUGAAACUGAAUUACGUGACUUACAAAGAACAUGCCGUGCGUUAAUUGUGCGUACUGCUGUAUGCGCCGAGGUUCGUGCUCAAAAGCAAGAUGCCUCAACAAUUACCAACGAACCAGUAUCACCUAUAAGUAAACGCCGUCAUCGAGGUAAACUCACAUCAAAGGUAAGUUACACAAGCAGUGAUGAUCCAGACGACGAACCAGAUCGUCGUUCAUGGCUCUGGCGUGUAAUGCGCGCAUCCCUACCAUUUCAACUAGCAAUUGUUGCACUAUUUUACGUAGCAUGUUUAUUAGGACCACAUUGUUGUGAUCGAAUCAACAAUUUAAGUAUGUCUUUAACGCCACAAUUGCGUUACAUCAAAGGACCCCCACCAGUUUGAACACAACCAUUCGAUUCAAACCAAUUGUGUGGCAUUUUUCAUUUACCAAGCAUGGAAUUUCUUUCUCCCCAAUGAUCUUCAUUAUUCGGGAGAAUAAAAAUACCGUGUUUUACGAAUUUUUUUUAAAUAAUUUGCGCGUGUUUCCCGGUUGGGGUUACUUUGGAAUUAGUUGUUGUAUAGUUACAGGACCCCGCUCCUCAAAUCACAGAGUAUAGAUGUGUCUAUGUUAUCUCAUCUCAAAUCAUUUGCAUGUUUCAUUUUAGUUUUUUUCUAGUUUUAAAAAAAAAAUCAUUUGAUUUGAAAUCGACGAGUAAGUACUAGGCUUUAGUUGUGUAAUUUGAAGAAAGAUGGCCUUAUUAGAGAGUAGAACAUAGAAAGUAUAUCAGAUCAAUUUUUAUAGGGCUACAAAAGUGUUCGUACAAGAGUUUUUUUUUUUUGAUCCCAGUGAAUUUACUGUACACUUUUGUAGUAUUAGUAAAACGAGAAUUUUUGAAAAAGAGUUAUUUUUCAUACGAGUUUUUUUUUUGGAGUGUGCCCAUUGUGCCAAGAUGAAUUUUUUUUAUUUCGAAAGAAGUAAGGUUAAGUUUUU